AAUGGAUCUAGAAAACAAAAAACUUAGGCCAUCAAUCAAGCCUAAUUCAAAAUUUGAAAAUGAUGGCUAUACUUUGGAGAAGGCCAAAGAUUUUAAAAGAGCAUUCCGAGGUCUGGGUACUGACGAGUACCGACUUAUUAAAUUAUUAUCUGAACAUUCAAAUUCUCAGCUCCAGGAUAUAUCGAAAAAAUAUUCUGAAGAAUAUAAUAAUGAUCUUACUGAUGACCUCAAGGACGAAUUAAUGGGUAGUUUUGAGGAUCUAUGUGUGUCCCUCUUGACUCCCAGACGUCUCUGGGAUGCUCAAUACACAAAAAAAGCUCUGCAAAAUAUAGGAACUAACGAAGUUUGGCUAACUGAAAUUAUAUGUGCGCGAACAGCUGAGGAAAUGGAGGACCUGAAAACAGCUUAUGCGGAAAUUCAUGAAACACCUUUGGAAUAUAUGAUAAAAAGUGAUACCAGUGGUCCCAAUCAAAAGCUUAUGCUUGGCUUAUUAGAAGGCAAAAGAAGCCAGUCAAAUGAAGUGAAUGAAGCAGAGGCGGAAGAGGAUGCGAAAGCUUUAUAUGAUAAUGGAGAAGGGACAAAUUCUGAUAAAAAUGAAGAAGUCUUCAUAAAUAUUUUAGUCUCAAAGUCGUGGUGUCAAUUACGGGCAACUUUUAAUCAAUUCGAACACAUUGCCGAAAUGACAAUCGAGCGUUCUUUGGAUAAUCAGUUUUCGGGAGAUAUUUGCACUGCAUUCAAGACAAUUGUGGCGUAUGCCAGAGAUCCGUUAACUUAUUGGGCAGAGAGACUGCACAGCACACUCUGUGGGAAGGAUGAAGAUGAUGAGUCUUUUUUCAGACUAUUGAUUCAGCACUCAGAGACUGAUCUCGAUUCUAUCAAAGACAUAUAUGACGAAAUAUACGAAAAACGAUUAAUUGAGGAUAUAAAAUCUGAAUUUAGUGGCUGUGUCCGAAAGUUACUCGUUCGUAUCACUGAUCCCACGUCCAGUGUACGUGAUAACUAG